AUGGUUCGAGACUGGCAGCAGCAGAGGGACUUCCCUCGCCACCAUCAAUACCUCGGGGGUGAUCGAUUCCCCCCUCCAGAUGGUAUUGAAGACCGCUUCCCAGAAACUCAAGACCUCCACCGUCGCCAACCCCCCAUGCAAAUCGAUGAGGCUCUGCGCCAACACUGCAGUAUCUCUGCUAGACGGUACUUUGUUGCAGUGAUCAUGGAUGAUGGCAGCCCGAUGACUUUCUCGGGUCCGGGGACUGCGAGACUUGAGGGUGAUGUCAUGCGGCAGUUCUUUGACCUGGACAAGUACCAAAGAGUCAUGGAAUGCCUGGACUCGGGAGCAAGUCCCGUUGUUGACGAGUCUUUCGGGUUCGAUGGAGGUUACUUUCCGAGAAAUCGAAUGUUUGAUCGCCGGCGUAUGUCGAACUUCGAUGACUGGGAUCUCCCUGGACGACCAGGUCGAAAGCGACCCCGAGCUCGCUACCCAGUCGACGAGGACGAGGAAGCUCCUCUAGUCAUCUCGAGUACUAGGAAGGGGCUUAAGAUCGGCAGCUCUCAGGAUGUGUGGAACUUUUACGAGCACCGAUUCAAGAAUUGUCAGCAGACGGCAUGUAAGCUCAUUGCCAAGGCGUGGGUCAAAGCUGUUGAACCCAAAAAACAAUCUACUCAUCCUUACACGGGGAGCGAUGAGAAGGCCCCAGAGUGGUGGCCCAAACCAUGGGGUCUGACAAAGGAAGACAAAGUCCGCCACAAGGAGCCAGACCAUCUUUACAAGCGAGAACGCGUUCAUCUUCUGACCCAUAUAUUGCGAAUGAUUGUGGAGCCAAAAGAGAAACAGCACCCUGAUAUUCAGAAACUAAACCUUAACGUAAAGAAACUUGAGGAGAUCACCACUGAGGCAUUGUCGGCAUUCUUUGCCGACAAGGAAAACACAGCCAACAUCAAAAAGCGACCGUACCUAAACGAGAUUUUCAAAGUAGCUAGGCAAGAAGAGAGGUUCAAAAAGGAAGAAAUUGACGGAACCACCUAUGUGUACGUGAUGGCAGAAGACAAGAUCCCAGAAGCGUACUCCGAAAACGACGACGGAUCGAUCACAAAGGACGAGGAUGACCAAGACGUCCCUUCUACGAAACUGUCUACUGUGCAGAGUUUGAUGCCCCCAACGCCGGAGCAUAGCUCGAGUACAGCCCUGCAUGGCACGCCUUUUCUUAGUGACUUACCGGUGCGAGGAACUCAGUAUACACCUCAACUGAUUCCAGAGAUAACACCGGACCAACAUGGAUUCGGGGAAGGGACCACUAGCAUGUCUGUUGGCGGCCAAACCUCAGUUCAUUCGGCGGGUGGGAACCUUGCCCUCGACAUCGGGGUCGCUACGUCUCAAGACUCCAGUCGACGACCGUCAAUCUUCAGCCCCCCACCAGACUAUUCCGGACAGCCCAGCACCAACAUGUACACCCAACAAUGGCAGCCUGGCUCUACUGCUCCAAACUCGUCGUCGAUGUACGCAUUCACCCAGCAACAGACAAACCCGUCAGCAACAACAUUUGUCAACCCCAGCGUCCCGAUGAACCAGAGUCAGGCCUAUAUGGGAGGUUCAUUCGACGGCCUUUCACGCGGUUAUGAUGGUGCCCAAGCCUCAAUGUUUCAGGCCAGAGGUGUGCCACAGCAAACGGCGCAUGGCUCACCAGGGUACAACUACUUGACCAACGACAGCCGAGGACUUCCAGGAGUCAAAGCUGACCCUGCUUCUCGCACCACAUUGCCAUAG